AUGACAGAUAAUGAUGAAGCUGCCAUUAAUCUUUCCUCCCAUGACUCCGCGGCACACUUCGAAACCGACCUGUCGGAUGAGACGCAGGACUUUCGCAUGUUGAACAAUAUCUCAUUCCUCACAGACACAGCUCAAACAAGUCUCCCCAAACGCGGUGAAAAAGAUUUCGAACCAAAUCCCACCCUCCUACAAGCCGAUAUCCUCGCUGCCUCACGGCAGGCUAUGCACAAUGCUCUCUCACAUCCCCGAGUACAUCAUCCAAAAAACAAAGUUGUAGGGUUCUAUACACCUGACGGCGCGGCACCCCCACCGUCUCUACUCUCGUCCAAAACGAUAGACACUAUUGCGGAGGAUAAUGCUAAUGCACCGCAAAACCGCGCGGAGACGGACGCCCAAAAGACAAAACAGGCAGACGGAGGGAUUGGUAAUGUACCGUCUGAGUCGUGCGUCUGUAUACCGAAUCCAAAGGGCCAAUUCUUCAAGACCUUAGGCCGUACAGACCGGUGGAACCGAGUAUGGCUCCUUCCAGAGGAGGCACUUUAUCUAUUGGAAAGAGGCAGUUUGGAUAUUAGAUGGCCUUCCUCGUUAGCAGGUUGUAAUGAUGAAUGCGAGGCAGAGGGAUCUUCCAUUCCGAUGAGCCUGCAGGCUGCAUAUUCAUGUUUCAUUGGAUGCGGGGGGCUGACGAUGGAGAGGUUCUCGGUUUACACGGGUCUGAAACGUUUAGGUUAUUCGGUCAUUCGAGCACCCGGGUGGUAUGAUGAUGAUACGGAUACGGGCACGGACCCUGAAACUGCAGAAAUGUCAAGACAAGGUCCAGGGUUAGCAGGGAUUUAUGGACGAUUCUUGGAAUGGUUCUACAAAUCCAAUACCACAGCUGUGGGGCCCCUCGUAGGCCCUGGAAUCCAUCGUAACUAUAAUGACAUCUACCGCAAGCUAGCUUUUAUCCCUUGGUAUGACCCCGUUGCUCUUACCGCUCAACCACGUACAUCCCCGCCAUUCCGUGUCGUGUUCCAUAUCUACAAACCGUCAACGCCAUUCCGCAAGACUGCCCCUCCUCCUCCGGACUUCCGAAUCGCUGUUGUCAACGCUCGUACACAAACGACCGUGCCUACCCUGGCCCAGAUAGGAAGUCUACUCGACAGUACACCGUUGGACCCACCGCAGGGCGAGAGAAUGAACCGUAACCUCUAUAUGCGCCUGCGACAAGGGUACCGUAAUGUCAUAAUGGCCGUCGUGGAUCAAGGGGUCGUGAGUUAUCUCCGGAUUGCCGAUGCGGCAUUUGGAAAGGAAAAAGUAUAUGAAGACAAGGCACCGAAAGGAAACAAAAGGAGCGGGGUUUCACGGCCCGCUCCAAAAGGUCGAUGA